UCAGUCGGAAACCGGAAGUUCGUCACUAGCUGGCGAUCGCUGCCAUUUUGACGGGGAGAGUGAAGAGCUGGGAUAACUGCGUGUCUGUUGUUUAGCGAUUUACACAUAAAAACAUUUCACCAUGGCUAUGCAAGCAGCGAAACGCGCUAAUAUACGAUUACCUCCUGAGGUGAACAGAAUCCUGUAUGUCAGGAACCUUCCUUACAAGAUCACAGCUGAGGAAAUGUAUGAUAUCUUUGGGAAGUAUGGACCAAUACGUCAGAUCAGAACAGGGAACACACCUGAAUCGAGAGGAACGGCAUAUGUGGUUUAUGAAGACAUCUUUGAUGCCAAGAAUGCAUGUGACCAUCUGUCAGGCUUCAAUGUCUGCAACCGUUACCUUGUGGUUCUUUACUACAAUGCAAACAGAGCUUUCCAAAAAAUGGACACAAAGAAGAAAGAGGAACAGCUGAAGCUUCUGAAAGAGAAAUAUGGCAUCAACACAGACCCUCCAAAGUAGCGUGCUGGAAACUCCAUCCAGCACAGCCCCCGUUUUCACCUUCAUUUCAGAAGUUUUCUUUUUCUAUCUACAGCAAAUCCUUUGUUCAUGUGGUUUAUGCUGGUAAUGAUUUACUCAUACAGACAUAUUUUUUUUUUAAGCUUUAGUUGAAAUGAUGGGUUAAAUUUUUGUUUUGUUUCAUUAUUUCCAUCAUCAAAUACACCCGUCUGUUUGAUUUUCAGAAUAAGGGUUCAACGUUUUUGUUGGCGCUCCUCUCAAAGUGAACUUGUCUGCAAGAAAUAUGUCUUUCCUUGUGAUUGUAUUCACCCUGUAACAUGUUUAAAUCUGCUAGAGCAGAUUAUUUUUCAGUAUUUUGUCACUUCUUUCAUAAUUCUCCAAUAUUUUAAUUUAAAGCUAGCCAUGGUCAUGUAUAUGGUUCCUCUAAAAUAAAUGUUCCUUUUCUAAAA